UCGACUGUAGCGCCCCCGUCACAAAGCUCAAACCUCAAAGUUGUUUAAAAAAUUUGUUAUUACUUAUUAUUACGGGUGUGGCAAUCCCAGCAAAUACUUUCAGAAUAUUAUUUUUAUUGAGUACAUCAUUUGAGCUUAUCUUAAUUUUGCGGGCUAACAAUGGUUGCAUUGAAAACGUGCUGGUCACCAUGUAUUUGGAAUCCAAAUGUGACAUCAGGAAGCUACUGUUGUGCUGCAUAUACGAUCGCAGCAGGAGUAGUCUUCAUCACCUUCACGAUUUACAUGAUGUUGGGAGGAGAUUCCACCCAAAUAUAUCUGCCUCUGUUUGAAACGGAUGUCAAUGGAU